UGUCAUCGUAAAGAAUUCUGGGACUUGUAGUUCCAAGCUGUCCGAGGCUGGAUCGGGAGGUGGAAGCCUGCUUAUUUCAGAGGAGCAGGACCUAGUACAAACUAGAGAGUUUGAGGAAAAGAUUCCUAUGGCCCAGAAGGAGGAAUAAGACGCAUUCUGAAUUCAUUCAUGAAUCUUUCUGAUUAUCUUUUUAGGUGCGGACCUGAGACCGUACCCGUAAAGGGUACCUCUCAAUCUCCCAACCUGGAAUCCUCACCCAAGAUGGAGAGGACUAGCCAGGACUCAGUGAAGAUGUCCCCUGAAGGUUCGAUAGGAGAGAAGGACAUCCCCCCACACCAGGAAGCUCAGCAGGGGCUUGAAAACACCAAGGAAGAAUAUGGGGUAGUAAGGCCCAGGAGUCAGGAUUCUGGAGCCCUGACUGCUGAAGCCCUUGGUGUUGGAGCAGACCCAGAUGCACAGAUUCCUCAAACAGAGGAUCUUCAAGAGUUUGACAGAGGUCCUGCUGGGAUGAGAGGAGAUCCUUUGGAGCCUUGUCGAUCUACCAGUGAGAUGGCAGAGCCUCACCAGUCCCCUAUCCUCUGGCACUGCCCUGAUGGAAGCUUUGUCAAGAGGAUCAUGGUCCAGGGCCAGGGCUUGGACAAACCCAAGGGGGGCUCCCAAUGCCAAGUUCUAGUAUCUGGGCUUCCCCCUGGAGUGGGUCUGCCAGAAGGCUGGACAGAACUAACUAUGGGUUCAGGGCCAUGGAGAGACAGUCCCUGGGGAGAGAUAUUGGAGAAAUGCCUGGAAACCAUGUGUUCAGGUGAACAGGCAGAGCUCAUGCUUCCAGGUGGAGCUGAGCCCCCUGCCUUGAUCACCCUGGCCUCUUUCACCCUGGGCAAGGACUCUUGGGAAUUGACAGUCAGGGAGAAAGAAGAGCUAGCCUCAGAGGAGCGAGUUAGGGGCACAGAAUUAUUCAGAGCUGGGAACCCUGAGGCAGCUGCUAGGUGCUAUGGUCGAGCUCUACGGCUGCUGCUGACUCUUCCACCACCUGGCCCUCCAGAAAGAAUCAUUCUUCAUGCCAAUCUAGCUGCCUGCCAGCUGCAGCUAGGGCAGCCUACCUUGGCAGCUCAGAGCUGUGACCGAGUACUAGAACGAGACCCAAGACAUGUGAAGGCACUAUACCGAAGGGGAGUGGCUCGGGCUGCCUUUGGGGAAUUGGAUGGAGCUGCUGCUGAUCUACGGAGAGUCCUAGAAUUGGAACCAGGAAACCGAGCUGCCAGAGAGGAAUUGGGGAGGGUAGUGAUCAGGGGGAGAGAACAGGAUGCAGGGCUGGCUCGGGGUCUUCGAAAGAUGUUUAGUUAAUUAAAAAAUCAAAACUUAAAAGAGAG